AUGGUUGAACUCGUUGGAGGUGUUCCUAAGUAUGUUAAUAUGAAAUUGCCCGAUACUAAGGAAAAAAUAAGUGGCAAAGACUGGUUUUUGAACCGGACGGAUUUGGAAAAGGCAUUUAACAACAAAACAAGAGGAAUUAUUGUGAACAAUCCGCACAAUCCUACCGGCAAAGUAUUCACUCUCGAAGAGUUACAGUUUAUAGCUAAUUUAGUAAAAAAAUUCGAUGUGUAUGUUGUAGCUGACGAAGUUUUUGGUUGGACAGUUUAUGGCUCAGAAAAAUUCGUCAAUUUUGCUUCUCUGCCGGGAAUGUUGGAUCGGACUGUUACCGUCGGUUCUGCAAGUAAGUCACUCGUUUUGUCCGGAUGGAGGAUCGGGUGGGCAUAUGGACCAGAACAUCUGAUUAGCGAAAUAUCCACGGUGCACACCACAAUGUUGAUUUGUGCUCCGGCUAUGCAACAGGACGCCGUAGCCCAUGUACUGGAAAAUGAGUUGAAAAAUCUUGGCACGCCCAAUUCAUUUUUUUACAACAACACCAGAAAUUUGCAGACUAAAAGAGACAUGAUAACAAAUGCUUUUGAAGAGGCAGGAAUGAUUCCUUACUUUCCAGAUUCCGGAGAUUGUUUGGUCGUUAAAUUGCCAGUACUGAAAGACUUUAGCUUUGAUUUUCCAAAAAACAUCAGCCAGUACAUUUGGUUUACCAAUGUUACUGGAGUAUUAGGAUUUCCGAUGAAUUAUUUUUACGGCCCGGAACACAGCGAGCUGGGAAAAGACAAUAUGCGCUUUUGCUUCCAAAAGUCAUUACCAACUCUCCAAAGUGCGGCUGAAGGAUUACAAGUACUGAGAAACUUUUUUUUAUAGGAUAAUUUUGUGUAACAAUUAAC